AUGUCGAGGGGAAGCGCUUCAAAUGGGCCCAAGUCGGCCAAGACGGCCACAAAGGUCGUCAAAACACAAAGAAAGAAGAAGUCGACACCGUCGAGUCGACGACACCAUUUCGAAAGAUUCGCCCAGAGGAUCUCAAAGAUGAAGAUUGACCCGCUUCGUCGCACUCGGCGAGGAGUGGGUGCAGAGGGAAGCCACGAGCUGGAGGGAGAGUCAUCAUACUUCCGUACCGCGCUGGAUGAAUGGAAGGACCUCAACUUGUCCGAGAACUUUUCGGCCUUCGCCAAACAGAUCUACAACAUCUCUGACACUCUGGCCAUGGUCAUCUUCCACGAGGAGGCCAUCAUGGACAACUUGAUCACAUACAUCACAAAGGGAGAUGUCAUGUCUCUCGAACCCCUGCUCGCCCUCCUAUCACACUUCGCACACGACCUCGAUGUCCGCUUCGAGAAGCACUUCCAAAGAGCUGUCGCAACCGUCGCACAUGUCGCAGCCAGCAACGCCGAGCCCGAGGUCGUCGAGUGGUCCUUUACCUGCCUCGCCUUCCUCUUCAAGUACCUUUCGCGCCUAUUAGUCCCCGAUCUCAGACCUCUGUACGACCUCAUGUCGCCAUAUCUAGGAAAGCAAAAGCAGAAGCCCUACGUCGUCCGAUUUGCUUCGGAAGCAAUGAGUUUCCUAGUGAGAAAGGCUGGAACCACAUACCACAAGAGCAAGGAACCGUUGGAUACUAUUGUCGACCACAUGCUCAACGACUUUGCCUCAAACGAGACGGCCUCAGACGACUUGUAUUCUCAGGGUUUGAUGGCCUUGUUCACGGAAUCUAUCAAGGGAGUACAAGGCACGCUCCAUUCAGGAGGAAACACUGUUCUGCAAUGUUUGACCAGAUUCUGCUUCAACGCUAACCACUCAGAGUUCCUCAAAAGCAGGUCAUUGCAGAUUCUCAGAGGCUCCCUGAUCAGUGUCAUUCAUCACACUACUCCCGAAACUUUCGAGUCGGUCCAGGAGGCUAUCUUCGAAUUCACAGAUCCCAAGUAUGAGGACGCAGUAGAAAAUCUGGACGCAGCGAACACCCUCCUCUUCACCGCGGCAUCCGUUCGUAAGGGCAGCAGAAUAUCGGACUGGCCGACAUACGUCAAGCGCGUCACAAGCAUGAUCAAGAAUGCCGACAAAGCCUCGAAGCAAGUUGACUCUGACACAUUGACUGCACUCUUAAACACGCUGGCCGUGGUACUUAAUUAUGGACCCUUCGAUGCAGUCCUCCAGGAGCUUGCUAUCCUCGACACCAUUAGCCGUGGCAAGUGGAUCGGCCAUUUCCUUCCUUUCUGCAACAUCUUCGCAGAACUUAACCAGGAACGCUUCCAAAGCUUCGUGUUGCCAAUCUUCCAGAAAUUCAUCGUCAAUCACUGGAAGGAGAAUGAGACGGCCCUUUGCGCAAUGCUUCCCUCUAUGUCUCGCAAGAACACAUUUGCUAAAACACCUUUGCAAUGUCCUCUGGAGUGGCAAAAGGUCAUGCUGCAACGACUAAAGAAGGCUCAAGGGAAAACGAUACCAGAUGACAAGGAAACUCUGCACAUGAGUAACGGUCAUCUGGCAUCUGCAGCAAAGUCAUCAUCUUCCGAGAUUGGAGGCUGGGAUCUUUUCGCUCUAGGCCAAGGUUUCCAGUACAUUUCGGACGAGUUUAGUGAGAUACUUCAGGACAAGCGACUUGCAGAAGCUUUGUGCUCUGCCUCCACGCGGUGCAAAAAGCUUGUGCCUUACUGGACUGCGUUGAACUCGGUCUUGCAGAAGGCCGACAUCGCAUUUACCGGAGAACAAAUGGACUCUCUUGUUGUCAAUCUAAUCGAGUGUUUGAAGACACCAAGUCACGACCUCAGACUCUCCGGGUUACGGAUAUUACACACGAUUUAUGAAAAGAGACAGCAAGAUGUUCCUGAGUUGCUGACGCAUGCUCUCUCAAUCGAAGAUACUCCACCAAGUGUGCAGACCGCCCGCUUCAUCUCGUCACAGAUCCGAAGGCUAGCUCUCGGAUAUCCCGAUGUUCUUUCCGACCCAGUACUGUCUAAGGCUAUUCCCACCUACUGUUUUGGUCUCCUGCACAUUCAUCUUGCGCAAGCCUGGGAAGACUCCAUCGCAGCGCUGAAGGAAAUGACUGCGCAUGGCGAGGCGGAAGAGCUCAUCACCGGCACGAUUACGCAGUGGCUCCAGGGUCAUGCGGACGCAGAAGGUGGUGCAGUACAAGCAGAAGCAGCGCCAGACCGAAGCAUCGAGCAUGUCAGCUCCGACUUCGAGUGUUCAAACAUGAACCAGAUUGAAAAAGAUAUCGAGAUUUCCGAGGCUCUUUUCGCAGAUCUUCACCAAGGAAUUGAAAACCAGUUCAAGAGAGACCAUAUUCAAACAGCAGUGGCUUCUCUCUCCGAGCGAUCACAAGCACUCCGCGCCUUGAACUCUAUGCCACAGUUGGCAGAGAAACGCUCACGCCUUUUGGUUCCCGUAUUGCUAGAAUGGGCAGGUGACGAGAGUGAAGCGCAGGAAGAAGAGGAGACUGGGAACACUCGCCAUUGGGGUCGCAAAGACCAGAAGGCCAUGCUCGGCGUCUUCGCCCAAUUCCAGAACCCCAGAGUAUUGUUCAAGGCAACUGAAGUUUACCAGGCUUUACUAAAUCUCCUCACCAACGGUGACAACGAGAUCCAGAAGUCUACCCUUAAGGCGAUUCUUGCCUGGAAAACACCCAGCAUCAUCAAGUACCAAGAGCAUUUGCUGAAUUUCCUCGACGAUGCGAGGUUCAGAGAAGAAGUGUCUGUGUUCCUUCGUCUUGAGGAGGAAGGCGACGCUAUUCGAAGCGCUGAUUGUCCCGAGCUAAUGCCAGUCCUCUUGCGCAUCCUAUACGGUAAAGCGGUAACAAGAGCUGGCUCGGCAAGUGGCAAGCGUGGACAGCAGACUCGUCGUAAGGCCGUCUUCGUUGCCCUUGCCCGUUUCCCUGCGGAGAUUGUUGGGCAGUUUCUGAGCAUCGCGCUCGGCUCGCUGGCCAACGUGGAGCCUAUCAAAGACGGCGCGCUGGAUCAGUCAGCCGUGGAUAGAUUCUCGGUUGCUCCUAGAAAGCAAGUCGGUUUGUUGAACAUGCUGGAUGAUAUGGUGCACACCCUUGGUAAUCGACUGGAUCGCUACGCAACAAAGAUUGCUGAUGCCGUCCUGCUUUGUCUCCUCAAGGCGACUAAAUCGCACACUGCGUUGGCUGAUGUAGAGGAGGAGAUCACUGCGGAGGAUGAGUCCCUGACUUCCCUCGACCGUGCUAUUCGUCAAGCCGGCUUCCACUGUUUGAUCCAAGUCUUCUCAACUUGUACCGAAGUUUCUUGGUAUAGUUACGCCAAGAUCGUUAUGAGCGAGUUGGUUGGUCCUCGUUUGGAGAAGCUGCCCAUCGAGACCGCACAAUCCGUCUCUGCUUUCCUGCGUCUGUUCUCUACCUGGGCUAGUUCCUUGUCCACCUGCAACUUCUUGACAGACUUCUACCCGGAGACACUCAACGCUGUCGCAGACUGCCUUGUGGUUCCUAGCGCGAAGAACGAAGUCAAAGCAUUCAUCAUCGAGCACAUCAUUGGACGAUUGUUGGAUACCAUCCAGCCUCGCCGGUUCAAGGAUGCCGAGAUGAGCAUCGAUGCCUCUGAGGAGCAGGACAAAGCACGUGCAUCCAUUUUAGGACCUAGAGCAAGUCUGUUCGUUGUGAGACUUGGUACGGUCUUAAGACAGGCUCCCCCUAAGGAUAUUCUCGACUCGAGUGUUUUGUGUGUCUCGCGACUUGCACCAUUGGUCACUGGCGUUGAGAACAUUCGUGAUGUUGUUGACGUCUCUAUCUUCUUGCUCAGUCAACCCUCGAAAACUGUCCACUUCACCACCAAGCGUGAUCUGCUGCAGACAUUGUUCCAUCUCAUUCCUGGAGCCGAGCUUAACAAAGACGAAGAGCGCUUCAGCAAGGUUUACUCAACACUUUGUCCAUUGUUCGGUUACUUCAAAGAUCGCGAAAGCAGAGAACUUCUUGCUGCUGUCGUCAAGCAGUUAGCUGACGAGAGGAAGGAGCUUUCCUACGUCGCUUCCUUGUGUGAGGAUCUCAACUCAUUUUCGACCUCGAGACUUGAUGAGCCCGACUUCGAGCGCCGUGCCAUUGCUUUCAGCACUAUCAAUGAAGAGAAGUAUUCUACCUUCACUGCUAUGCAAUGGCAGCCACUUAUCUACAGCAUGAUGUACUUCAUUAGAGAUAAUGAUGAACUUGCCAUCAGAACUAAUGCCUCCACUACUCUGAGAAGAUUCAUCGAGGUCGCGAGUGUGGAUGGUGAUUUCAGAGACGAAGAGUUCAAGACCUUAACGGUCUCUGGACUCCAUGGUGGUCUUCAGGGCGGUAUGCGCGAUCCUUCUGAGUUGGUCAGGUCUGAAUAUCUUCAAGUCCUGGCCCACAUGAUCAAAAACUUCUCGGCCUGGGAUGCUGUUAACGAUAUGGCGUGUCUGCUUGUCGAAGGUGACGAGGAAGCCUCAUUCUUCAACAAUAUCUUGCACAUCCAGCAACAUCGCAGACUUCGUGCUUUGAGACGUCUUUCUGAGGAGGCCCAUGCUGGUGCCAUCUCAAGCAACAACGUCAGUCUGUUCUUCAUUCCUCUCUUGGAGCACUUCAUCUUCGAUCCUGCUACCGAUGACGGUGCUCAUAACUUGUCCGCCGAAACCAUCAACACUGUUGGAGCUCUUUCUGGAUGUCUGGACUGGAAUCUAUACAGAUCGACCUUGAGGAGAUUUGUCAGCUAUAUCCAGAGCAAGCAGGAUCUCCAGAAAAUCGUGCUCAGAAUUGUCAGUCGCGUUAUUGAUGCUCUGGAUAGAGCUUCCGAGUCCAUCCGUAAGAAGGACACUGUUAUGGAAGUCGAUGGCGAGGCCGAGUCGGUCACUGAUGGUGCUCCUGCACUGAGCCCUCUUGCUGCAACCCUGCCCACAGAGGAGAAGCUAUCUAACGAGAUCAACAAACAGCUCCUGCCACCAUUGACAUCAUUCUUGCAUCUCAAGGAUGAAUCGACUGUCAGUCUGCGUGUACCUGUCGGUGUCGCUGUGGUCAAGCUUAUUCGCGUUCUUCCUGUUGCCGAGCAUGCCCUGAGACUUCCAACGGUACUCAUGGACCUUUGCCAUGUCCUUCGUAGUAAGGCAGCUGAGGCCAGAGACAUGACAAGAAAGACUUUGUCUGAGAUUACUGGUAUUCUUGGCCCAUCGUACUUCCAAUUCGUCAUCAAGGAACUUCGUAGCGCUUUGCAACGUGGUUACCAGCUUCACGUCAUGUCCUUCACCAUGCAUUCUAUCUUGGUUGAUAACAUUGCAUCUCUAGAAGCUGGCGAUCUCGACCACUGUAUUAAUGACAUCAUCGCUGUUGUCAUGGACGAUAUCUUUGGUGUCGCAGGUCAAGAGAAGGAUGCCGAGGAGUACAUCAGUAAGAUGAAAGAAGUCAAGAGCAGCAAGAGUUACGAUUCUGCUGAGUUGAUCGCCAAGAUCACAACCACUUCCCACCUUGGUGACCUGAUCAGACCUAUCCAAUCCUUGCUGCUAGAGAAACUUGAUCUCAAGACUGUCAAGAAGAUUGAUGAACUUCUUCGUCGCAUUGGCCUCGGUACCAGUCAAAACAUGUCCGUCAAGGAUAGAGACAUUCUCAUCUUCGGUUACGAGAUCAUCCAAAAGGUAUACGUCGCUACUGCCGAAGCCAAGGUUCGUCCCGUCAUGGAGGACUACAAGAUCAGAAAGUAUCUCAUUCAGAUGCAAAGCGCAAACAAGUCUGGCAAGAAGGGAGCGACUAGCUCGUACAUCUUCAAGCUCACCAGAUUCGCUUUGGAUCUUGUUCGCGCUGUCUUGGCGAAGCAUGAUGAGAUGAAGACCCCAGCCAACCUUGCAGGCUUCUUGCCUAUUCUUGGUGACGCUUUGAUUGGCGGUCAAGAAGAAGUCCAGAUGGCAUCUGUUCGUCUGCUUACAUCUAUCAUCAGAGUACCUUCGUCACAAAUUGUGUCAAACGGACCAGUCUAUGCGGCAGAGGCCGUAAAGAUUCUCAGAGGUGCUCCUUCCAUGAUCACCGAGUUGGCUCAGUCUUCGUUGAAGCUAAUUUCCGCCAUCCUCCGCGACAGACCUGACAUCAAGAUCAAGGAGAACGACAUGGCCUUUGUGCUCAAGAGAAUCAAGCCUGAUCUCGAAGAGCCCGAUCGUCAAGGUGUCAUCUUCAACUUCCUCAAGGCUGUUGUGGCACGCAAGAUCAUCAUCACAGAAGUCUACGAGGUCAUGGAUUCUGUUGCUGCAAUCAUGGUCACCAACCAGACUCGCAGUGCCAGAGACCUUUCUCGCGGUGUGUACUUUGCAUUCAUGAUGGAGUAUCCUCAAGCUGGCAGUCGCUUGAACAAGCAGAUUGCCUUUUUGGUCCGGAACCUCGAGUACAAGUAUGUCGAGGGAAGACAGUCUGUGCUUGAGCUGUUGCAUCUGUUGUUGGCCAAGACCCAGGGUGAUCUUGUUCAAGAACUCUCGAGCAUGUUGUUCGUGCCGUUGGUUAUGAUGAUGGUCAACGACGACUCUCCCGAAUGUCGUGAGAUGGCUGGAGCAUUGAUCAGCAAGAUCCUUCAGCGUGCAGAUGAAGAGCGCACCAACAAUUUCGUCGCAAUGUUGCGUACAUGGUUGGAACAAGACGAGCAGGUUUUACUUCGUCGUAUUGCUCUGCAGUGCUGGACCAUCUACAUUGGUCACGGCAAGGCAAGUGCUAAGGAAACUUCCUUCCUCUUCAAGCAAGUGUCCAAGCUUCUCAACCCCGACGUUGUGGAGACUGAGGAUUGGGAGUUGCUCUACUAUGCUCUUCAGGCUUUUGCAAAGAUGGCAGAGAUGGCUCCUUCCACUUCACUCGCACCUGCCGCCAAGGCUUCAUGGACGAAUAUCUUCAAGUGUCUUGUUUUCCCGCACGCCUGGGUCAAGCUUUCUGCUGCUCGCCUCCUUGGUUUGCUGUUUGCAGAUAUGGGUAACAGUGCUUCCAAGACUGACGAAGGCCUUGCUGCUUUGCCUCUUUAUACAAACAGUAAGAUGGAUAUCACGGCUAAGGAGUUGCACGAGUUGUGCGCUGCUGGUCUGAGAACCCUUCGUUUCAGCAAUGUUAGCGAACAGCUGGUUGGUCAAACCGUACGCAACCUGAUCUUCCUUGGUCGCUGCUACAGCGCCAACGACGUAGACUGGGUACACCCAACUCCCUUCACCAGAAACGGCGUCACCGCCCGCAAUAACACUGAAGAAGAAAAUGAUGAAGAGGAAGAAGAAGACGAGGCCGCCGGCGCUGAAGACGAAGAAGAAGACACCGAUAAAGCCACCCCAACAUCCGCCCUCCACCAUCUCCUGUCUCGCCUCGCCGCGCUCAUCCGCCGCGACGACGGCGCCCCCACCGCCUCCGUCCUCAGCGCAAAAACCGGCGCCCUCCAAGCCCUAGCCUCCCUCUGCAAUAUCCUUCCCUCCACCGCCAUAACACCCUCCCUCUCUUCCAUCCUCACACCUCUCUACCUCCUCACCGACCCCACAAUAGCCGCUCCCCGCCUCGCAACCGAACCACUUCAAAAGGCAUACCAAGACCUAAAAGCCUUGGCCACUGAAGUAUCUUCCCUGCUACAAAAGAAGCUAGGAAGCACAGAAUACGUGGUUGCGAUGAGAGGAGUACAAGAAAGAGUUCGCGGCAAGAGAGAAGAAAGAAGAAGAAAGAGGAGAAUUGAAGCUGUCAGUCAGCCUGUCAAAUAUGCGGCUGACAAGAGGAGGAAGCAUGAUGUUACAAAGGCAAGGAGAAAGGAGAAGAGUGCCGAGGAAAGAGGUAAGAGAAGAGGAUGGUAG